ACUCACAGACAUUUGCUUGACCAGUGUAGCUUCCUUGUAUUCUGUCGCCAUCUGGAGGAUUCUGCCUGUCAUUACAGCAGGCAAUACACGUUUUUACUACCGGGUCGCUGACGUCCACGCCUUUUUGGCUGGAUUAGCGGAAUGGACAACAUGUUACAAUUCAUGAAACUUGUCGGACAGCUUAAACGCGUACCGCGCACAGGAUGGGUGUACAGAAAUAUCAAAAAGCCUGAGAGUGUGUCUGAUCAUAUGUACAGAAUGUCAAUGAUGGCCUUAACCAUACAGGACCACAGUGUCAACAAAGAACGAUGUAUGAAGCUGGCUUUAGUUCAUGAUUUGGCUGAGUGUAUUGUGGGAGACAUUGCCCCAGCAGACAACGUUAGUAAAGCAGAGAAACACAGAAGAGAAAAGGAAGCAAUGGUGCACAUCACAGGACUGUUAGAAGAUGGCUUGCGUAAAGAGAUUUAUAAUUUAUGGGAGGAGUAUGAGAUGCAGUCCAGUCCCGAGGCCAAACUAGUGAAGGAAUUUGACCAGCUGGAAAUGAUAAUACAAGCUCAUGAGUAUGAGGAGUUAGAGGGAAAGCCUGGAAGACUGCAGGAGUUCUUCACCUCCACUGAAGGCAGGUUCCAUCACCCGGAAGUAUUGGGUCUGGUCAAGAGUUUGAAUGAGGAGAGGGCUCGCCACUUAGCUGCCAAAGGAGAAAAUGAUGUAGAAAAGACCCCAACAACUCCCUCAUGACCUCAUUUCCUGUUAAGUAAUGAAGCUACCUCUACACAUCUGCACACAAGAGUGUUUACUUUGUCAAGAUAUACUGUAUGUUUUUAAUAUCUUUAGUUAUUAUCUUAUUUCAGUGUACAGAAGCAUGGUUGGUGGAUGUGCUGUCUGUUUGUUUGAGUGUUCUACAUGACAUGAUUUGUUUUUGACCAUAUAUUGAGUCCUCACGGUUGUCAUUUUAUUGAUAAUAUGCCCACUUUUUAAUAAAACCAAUUAGGAAUAUAAAACAGUGUGUUGUCUUUUGUUUACAGUAUGUUGAUCAGCAUUGCACUGCCUUCAAGAAGUACAUGCUUAACUAGAAGGAAUUUAAUUUAUGCCCACUAAAUGCUCUCGCAGCAUUUUGGAGAUGAGCACAAUUGCAUGCACUCAUAUUGAAGUCAUUAAUUGUUUCUGUUUGCCAAUAAUUUGUAGUUUUUAACAGACUUGGUGGAGUAGCAGGCCAUGAAAGAAUAGGGGCACACAGAUUUUCAGUUUAAGUACUCAUUUAAACAGAAAUGAAAUAAACUUCCUGACCAUCACCAAGUAGUUCCCAGGGAUUAGAUUGAAAAUUCUCUCAUUUACACACUUUCAUGCCAAGACUUUCUUUCUUCUGCUGAACACAAAUGAACAUUUUUAAAAGAAUAUCUCUGUAGGUCCAUUCAAUUCAUGUGAAUGGUGGCCAGACCUUUUGAAACUCCAAAAAUCACAUAAAGGCAGAAUAAAAGUAAUCCACACAUCUCCUGUGGUUUAAUCCAUGUCUUCCGAAGUGAUGCAAUUAUUUAGAGUGAGAAACGGAUCAAUAUUUCAAUAAUUCUUUACUAUAAAACUUUCACUUUUAGAAUGUGAAAAAUUGUGUAAGUGAAAGUGGAGAUUUAUAGUAAAAAGGACUUAAAUAUUGAUCUGUUUCUUACCCCCACCUAUCAUAUUGC